AUGACCAAACACCACAACAAAGAUAUCGUCGAGGACAUUGACGAAAAGCCGGCGGAGACACCGUCCAACAAUCACCUCAGCAAGGAUGAGACAAUUACCGCUGUCCUCGAGGUCAAUGGCUACGGUCGCGAGAGCCGUCGCGGCAGCCGCCGCUUCAGCCGCCGCUUCAGCGAGCCCGAUUUCGCAAACGACAUUGAACGUGUUCGAUACAUUUCUGAAUUGACCGAGGAGGGCGAGAAAAAGUUCAACCGCCUCACAUGGAAGCAACUGGUCAUCAUCUUGAUCGUCUGUGCUGUCGCUCUCGGCACUCUGUCGAUGCCACUCGUUUUUGCCAUGCUUGGCAUGAUCGGCGGGACCAUUCUCACUGUUGGCAUGGGCUGUCUUGCCGUACUCACGUCCUAUUAUAUCGGACAAGUAAAGCUCAAAUUUCCUCAAGUUAUCCACUACUCGGAUGUUGGGAGGCUUCUGCUCCCAGGCCGUGCGGGAGAGAUCCUCACCAAGAUCUUGCAGUUCAUCUUCGUGUUCUUUGUUAUGCUGGGUGUGGCUGCCCACUUCCUGACAGGCAAGCAGGCUUUCACGACAAUCGUUGGAGACAAGAGCAUCUGCCAGCUUGUGUGGAGCGUCAUCACUCUGGUUCUCCUUUUCAUCUGCUCGCUCCCGCCCUCUUUCUCCGAGAUGGCCAUCCUGGGCUAUAUCGACUUUGCUUCCAUCAUGACGGCCGUGCUCGUGACCCUCAUCGCCACCGGUAUCAGCGCUCACAAGGUCAACUGGGAGACGGGUUGGAGCGCCUACCCGCCUGAAGGCCUUAGCUUUAGCUACGGCAUGAUCGCGGCUUCCAACGUCCUCUUUGCGUACGCUUUCAGCAUCUGCCAGUUCUCCUUCAUGGAGGAGAUGGCCGAGCCCAGCGAUUUCCCCAAGGCGAUCGUGGUCCUUGGCGGCGCAAUGAUUUAG